AUGGUUGACAAUAGAGUGAAGCCGGGUAACAUGUUGCUGGCAUUGAAGAAUUCCAACCCUCAGAAUCAGACUACCAUAAGGCAAGUGUACAAUGAGCGGAUGGCACACAUUAGGGCCAAGAGGAGACAAUUGUCAGAGAUGCAGCACUUGAUGAGGUUGUUAGAGGAAGACAGGUACAUGCACUGGUCCAGAACUGAAGAGGGUUCCACGGUGAUCCGGUCCUUAUUUUGGGCCCAUCCAGUUUCCAUCCACCUGUUCAGUCAAUUUCCUACUGUUGUCUUGCUUGAUAGCACGUACAAGACCAACAAGUAUAGGAUACCAUUGCUGGAGAUGGUUGGCAUGACAUCAGUUGCAUUCACAUACACCAUCGGUUUUGGCUACAUGUGCAAUGAACUUACAGCCACAUUCCCUACAGCAACUCACUUGCUAUGCCAAUUCCAUAUUGCUAAGUGUGUGAAGGCAAAGUGCAAGCUCACUAUCCAAGACAAGGAGAUGUGGGAUGAUGUCGGGGACGCAUGGAAUAGAGUCAUGUAUGCCGAGUCAGCGGAGGAAUUUAAUGCAGGCAUGGACUUCUUACGUUCACUUGUUGGGGAGCACUCUGACCUCAUGAAUUACAUUAAGGAAACUUGGUUGCCAUUUAAGCACAAGUUUGUGAAGUAUGCGAUUGACCGUUAUAUACACAUGGGUAACACAACUACUAACAGGGUUGAAGGUGCACACGCAAAACUGAAAGCGUGCAUCAAAGAUAGCAAGAGUGACAUGUGUGCGACUUGGGCAACUAUGAACAGAGAGCAUACAUUUAAGGACAAGUUGUACGACAACCUGCGUGGUGUAGUAUCAAGAUAUGCCCUCAUGUUGAUCGCAAAGGAGAAAACGCGCGUUGGAAAAUGCGGCUACACUAUCAGGAGGACACACAGCCUACCUUGUUCAUGUCGCCUUGGUAUGAUGACCACUAUUCCAUUGACGGCAGUGGACCAACAUUGGAGGAGGCUUACAUCAACAUCUGCACCUGAUGAAUCUCAACCUGUUUUGGGAUUGAGGAUUGCAACAGAGUUAGAGGUCAUUGCAAAGAUGUUUGAAGAAGCUAAUGUUUCGAGAAGACAAGCUAUCAAAGAGAGGCUUCGGGAGAUUGCAUACCCGGAUCAGACUUCUAUGUGUCCUCCUCCAAACAAGUUGCCUACAAGGGGUCGGCCCAAUGAACCUAAGGGUUCUACCAGACGCAUUCCUUGUGCUUGGGAGAAUGUUGAUGCAUUACAUGGGUCAAAGCAAGCUAGCAACUCAUCAGCUCCACAAGGCAAGGGGCGUAAGACCCGGUCGGCAAAACGGAAGAGCAUUCCUUCGAAGCAAUCUGCACCUAAGAAGAGAAGCAAGAGGAUAUCAAGCAAGUCAACUCAGCUCCCGCCACAGCACCCGCCACAACACCCGAAAGGCAAAGUUUACUCGGCCAACUACAUCCAUGAAGUGCUCGAAUUCCUCCGUGAAUAUGUCCUUGACAUUCACAAUGUUGAAGAUGAUGACAAUUGUGGAUAUAGAUGCAUUUAUUCCUUGAUGGGUAAGGGAGAACAAAAUUGGCGUCAAGUCCGAGAAGACAUGAUAAAGGAGCUUACAUUACGGCAAGGUGUUUAUCAUGGUAUGUAUGGCACCGACAAACAUUACGAAAAAGUACUACAAGACUUGCAUCUUGCUCCAAAUGAGUAUGUAACGGAGGAGAAGUGGUUAUGCGUGUCGGAUAGGGGCUACAUUGUUGCUACGAUGUACCAGGUACUUAUUUCAAGUGACUUUCCUUUGCCAACGGUUAAUCUACAAUGGAUGUAUCAUUGUACUGUUGAAGCUCGUGGUUGGCAGCUACCAUACCUGGAUCGCAUGACCCUGUUCAACAAACUCUCCCGAGAGGCAAAUGUAGACAUACAUAAGGUCGAUGGAAUCAUAAAUCUUGCUGAAGAUUAG